AUGCAGACAGAGGCUCGGGUUCAUAGACGUCGACAGCUCACAAACCUAUCUGCUGAGCGACGAUUUGCUCAGCCGAAUUCUAGAAAGAACAUUGGAGCCGACUCCAAGCUUUUGUCAGUUCACAAAGAACGACUCAGAACUGCUGGACGAGUUGGGACGAAACGAUUUGUUGACCCUUGUAAGGUGUUUGUUGGAAACCUUCCCUUCAAUGUUGACGAAAAAGACGUGGCGAAGUUUAUUCUCAAUUCGAUGGGUCAAUCCCGAGUUAUUUUGCAUUCUUCCAAGGUUAUCUACGACUGGAAAACGGGCAAAUCAAAAGGAUACGGCUUUGUUCAAUUUAUUGAUCCUAUUUAUGCAACGACUUGUAUGGAACAAUGCGAUGGAAAAGAGUUCAAUGGAAGACCUUUGUCAAUUUCGCAAGGACAGAGGAAGGAGCAGGAGAACGAAUUGUACUUGAAGAAGAAAAAGAACAAGCCUUUGACUGAAGAAGAGGAAGUCAUUUCGAGCGCCCUUGAUUUAGCUGAGAGUGGCGAAGAAAUACCAGUGUUUGGAGGCAGCGACGAAGAUCUGGAAUUGGACGCUGCUCUGUUUGGAAUCGUCGGGGAUGAUGAUGACGACGACGACGACUACGAUGGCAUCUUCUUGGAGCGGAAGAAGUUUGAUGACAACGAUAUUGAUCCGAAUCUGAAUCGAGAACAAAGAAGAGAAGCUGCUCGUCGCCUGAAGCGAAAGAAGCUCCCCAGCAAGGGUUUUGGUUAA